AUGGAGACUUCAGAACCCAUCAUGGCGCUCCCGUCCAUGGACGGUUUUGGGAGCCUACCUCUGCUUGCUCGAGAUUCCUUUGCAACCAUCCCGGAGAUGUCUCAAAUCACCCUUGACGAGCCUCGAACAGAAUGGCAUAAUUACAGCGAACCCUGUCCCAGCCCAAACAUUCCCACACGGUGUGAUUCAGUCUCGCGGACACGCGUACCGCAAUUUCGGCAAUCCAGAAGAUGGGCGAAGAUGUAUGCCCGCUCACGCGCGGAAAGGGAGACAGCUUCAGCGCCUGUUGACUCCAAAGAUCGCCCAUCGAUCGAGAGCAGAUACUCGUCUACUGUGGGCAACGACCAACAGCUCGGGCGCCAGAUGUCUUUACAACAGCAUCGCAAUCUUCCCAAAGCGAUGACCAAAACAUUUGGCCGUCCAAGAAUCCACCGCAAUAUCAGCGAAGCCAGCGCCAACUCCCAUCACGGCGGCCUCUGUGCCCAUGGCGCCGCCUAUUACUGGCGCUGCGUCAAACCUCUGAUCAGCAAAGUACCUCGUGCAGGCUCGAGGGUGUGGCCGAGUGGACAUCCUCGAAACCGAAAGGUAACGGCGACGAGACGCCAGGACGCCGCCAGCCAACAACGGUCGGCCCUGAUGUUUGUGCCCUCCAACUUGCGAGGAGAAAACGAUAUGGAUAUUGACACUGACAAAACCUGUUGUGAAUCCGGCUUGACUCUCACUAACGGAGGUCUCGGCUCGUGCCUUCACGGGGGUAUCCACGCCGAGAAUGAGCCUGCCGGGUGUACGGGGCUCGCAACCUCGCCGAUGCCCUCCCUGCAUGAUCCCGUCAGCAGCGACGGAUUUGGCGACGAAUGCCGAACUGUUCUGAAAAACAUAAAGUUUGACAACGAUCGCCUGCUCCCGACAACCUCUGCAGUACCCGCCGUCGUCGUGCGAUCAUCAGUAAGGAAGGAUGCGCCUCAGGAUUCUGUCCAGGUAUCAGGAGACACUGCCCUCAAGCAGGCACUGUCUCAAGCCAAUGCCUCUAAGCCUCUACCACCAUCACCAAAAGAUGAAGGCAGGACACCUCUUCUGCACAACACCCCCACCGACCCUCUCUCAGCUCACCCCCCAAUAUCCCGGGAUAUUUCGGCUCAAAUUCUCAACAACACUCUCAGAAUGCUGCACGCUAAGCAGGCUGAGUCGCUGCGAGUUGCUUCAUCUUCUGGCGGAUCUCGUGACACAACGCCACGAAUUCAGCACAAAACAAAAACCACCACCCCACAGCCUAGACAUACAAAGCCUGUAGCGCGUCUCUCGUCAGCACGGUCGGCGAGGAGCGCCAAUACUCUGGCGGGGAUCGAAGCUCAAGUCCAAGGGAUGUCGCACUAUAGUAUUGACGUGGAAGUCAGGCGCAAGGGGUCCGUCGACUCUGUCACCCGCAACAGUGGACCGCCCCCCUCCAUUCCUCUGCCUGCACUGCCGCCCGAAGCUCACGACGCACAGCUUGCUGUGACCAAAGCCCCAGAGGAUGUGGCAAUGUUGGAUGGCGGCCUCGAAGAGAACCUACAAAUUUGUCUCCACUUUGCGCACCAUGUCAUUCGAAGCAGUCGUGCUGAUAAGGUUCGGGAAAGAAGGAUGCGUGAUCUCGCCAAGUCACGCAAUCACUUGAUCAAGACUGACACCGUGGGAACGAACGACAGUCGCAAGACCUCCCUGUCUAGAAGCCCACCGGUUGUCACAUACCACGUUGAUCAAAUCGGUCGGUUUCCCGCUGUGCCGGACUCCCGACCGACAAGUGUUUACAGCAUGUCGGCGUCAUGUUACAGUCGUCAACAAAGCCCAGAGUUAAGGAUUCGCCACCCACGCAUGUCUAAAGUCCAAUCCACCGAAACCCAGCGAAGCAUGCCUCCCCAGGUGCUUAGUCAGAGCAAUAUUUUCGUCGUCGUCGAUAGUGAUCCCGUCACAGCACGUUUUCGGGCCGGCGCGAUCAGUCCACGAUUAAGCAUCGCAGGCAGUUCUACAACCAUGCCAGGUCCAAAACAUGCACGAACGCCCUCCAAGCUCAAAGAAGUCAUGGCCAAUAGGUUGAGCCUACGCGAGAGCCCAAGGCGAGACACUAUCCUCGGCAGCCCCAUGGAAAGCCCGAUACGAAAGGGUGUGGGAAGUAGCCCGAUGAGCGUGGAGCAAGAAGCUAAACUUCGUCGAUCACGUUCUUGCUCGACGAGCCAACUCAAGCAGUCGGGGAGAAACGACAGCCCAGCGCCCAGCAACUCCAGUGACGACCGUUGGCAGACCCCUGGCGAGAAAAUCUCGCCCGUCAAACCCGCCAGCCAGCAGAGGAAACGCCGACGAUGGAACAGCGGCGACAUCAACCUCAUGAGACAGCUGCACCGAGACUUGAACGACUACUACGUGACGAUCCUGGAGCAGGAGGAGAAGAUCAAGUUGCAGGCAACCCAGAUCCAGACCAUGAUGAAGAUUUUCUCCCCCAUGAAGCACAUUCCCGGUGCGAUGGACGACUCGGCCCUUUUCCAAGGCUCUCCUCCUGACAGAGACGCCCUCUAUUCAAGCCACUACAAACAGGUCCGGAAGUGUCGGAGUGCCCUCACCGACCGGCGUCCACCGAGCUCCAGUUCUCACUCCCGCUUCCCGCUGGACAUCAUCAACGAGCGCGCCCUCAACAGCCAGGGCCACCACCCCUUCAAAAUGAGGAACAGAAGUGACGCGUCUAGCACGGCCCCGUCCUCGGAUACGAUGUCGCUCGCGUCGAUCAAAGCCAGCGCCUCUGACACGUCGAUGACGGAGCAGGAAAGGUUUGAGGUUCCCGUCGCCAAGCAAGGUUCCACCGACAUGGAAACAUGGGGAUGGAUCUAA